GCUGCGCACCUCACAACUCCCACCAGUGACCUGUGAAUACAAUUUCUUUGCAACAGCCAGUGAGCGUUCUCAUCGGCAGAAACACGAAACCCUGUUCUGAUCGACGGAGACUGAGGUGAACGUGCUCCUACUUCUUCUUAUUCUCUUACUCUUACAUCUCCUUGACUGAAACACGGGGAAUGCGAGCCGAGAUCGUCUCUCUAGCAAUUUGAACCUCAUAUGCUUCUUCGCAAGUCUCUCAUUGCAUCUCUUCGACAUCCGUGCACCCUUGCUUGGACCACGAACACGUCCCCUUUGAUCCAAUCGCAUUCCUUGCUCAAUCCAGUGCUGCACUCUUUCUCUGCACGUAAUAUGGCCUCCAACACCACUUCCGGCGCUACUUUGACGCCCGCAAGCAGCUUGAAUAUCCCAGCAGACAAGCGGCCAAUCGUCAUCUUUGGGCCAUCUGGCGUCGGAAAGAGCACCCUGCUCAAAAAGCUAUUUGCCGAGUUCCCAAACCAUUUUGGGUUCAGCGUUAGCCACACGACCCGUGCGCCUCGACCAGGCGAGGAAGACGGUGUCGCUUAUCAUUUCGUAACGCCCUCGGCAUUUGCUUCUCUGGUUGAAGCUGGUGCAUUCCUCGAGCAUGCAUCCUUCGGCGGAAAUUCCUACGGCACGACGAUCCAAGCUGUCGCCGACGUCUCUACAGAGGGCGUGCGCGGCAAGUCGGGGGACACGCGCGCGCGGCGAGCCAUCCUGGAUAUUGACGCACAGGGUGUACGCAUCAUCAAAGCCCAGCACAUCGAAACACUCUCGCGCCCUCUUUUCAUUUUUCUCUCGCCACCAUCGUUCUCGGCGCUUAAGCAGCGGCUGGAAGGCCGAGGGACGGAGGCACCGGAUUCAAUACGCAAGCGACUCGGUAUGGCGGGAAACGAGCUGGCGUAUGCCCGAACACCAGGCGCUGCGGACGUCGUCAUUGUCAAUGAUGACGUCGAGCGGGCUUAUGGACUGCUCAGACUGGCAUGCACCGGAAAGUUGAAUCAAGGGGGAGAUCAGCUCCCUGCGGAGGAAAAGGAGCUGGAAGAAGAAGCGCGUUUGGCAGUGCAAGUGCAGUGAAUCCGUGUCCAUGUACGAAUACCGAAGUUGCUUCACACCAUUUCUACAUCCUUAACCAU